UGCAAAAGUCAUCCACCCCGUCCUCGUAUCCCCAUCUCUCUUCUCAUCUUCCAUCUACUCAUUACUCAUCAUGGGCUACACGACACCCCGAUGGGUGCGCCUCUGGCUCGCUCUGUCCUCCGUCAUCGUCCUGUGGGACGUGGGCUAUUGCCUCGUCCGCCCUCGCUCCUUCCCCGGUGGAAGCCUCGCCUGGAUAUGGGCGCCGUACAACAUGGUGCCCUACGUCGACGUCGACUGGCUGUACGGCUGGCCAGCCUUCGAAAACGGCGACGGCUUCACCAACGCCCAAGCCGUCAUGAACAUCGUCGAGACCAUCUUCAACUUUGUUUCCUUGUGGCUCGGCGACCACCCUGCUGCCCCCGUCAUUGCUCUCAUGUCUCUCGUCAUGACGGCGAGCAAGACGGAUCUCUACCUUCUUCAAGAAGUGUUCUGCGGCUGGUGCAACACGGGCCACAACCCCCGCCUCCGCUUCUGGACCGUGUGGGUCAUGACAAACUGCACAUGGAUCGUCGUGCCCACCAUCGCCGCGGCUGCCCUCGCUUGGGGACUCAUUCGCGAUCUCUCACGCCACAGUGCUCGUUUGGACGGGCUCAAGCACCACGCUGUAGCCGUGCAGUCGCCUCAGGCGAUUGUCGCCAAGGCAGAGAAGGCUCGUGACCCCUUCCCCCACGCGGUGGGCGGCGCCCCUCUUCCUCUCACAUUCCACCCGCGUGACCGGCCCGUGCUUGUCGUCGGCUCGAACCGGCUCGCCGCCUCACGCGUGCUGACGCUUCUGGAGGCUGACGCCGUGGUGCACGUCGCGAGCGGACGGGAGCUGUCGGAGCUUCCUGAGGAGAUCCAGUGGCGGGCCAGCAACAAGGAGGUGCACUACACCCGUUUCUCGGGCGGGCGGGACGAGUGGGAGCAGUUCAUGCGCGAGCAGGGCAUUACCCUCGUCGCCGUCACCGACACUCUCAUCUCCUCUGGAGCACCCUCCCUCGAAACCGCUCAGGCCAUCCACGCCGCCGCCAACGCCCUCCGUAUCCCGAUCAACGUCUCCGACCGUCCUGACUUUUCGACCUUUACCUUCCCCUCUGUUCACCGCUUCGCUGGCGCCGACGGCCCGUCCAACCUCCAGGUCGCUGUGAGCACGAACGGCAAGGGAUGCCGCCUCGCAGGCCGUAUUCGCCGUGAGAUCGCCGCCAAGCUCCCCGCCAACGUCGGCGCCGCAGUUGACAACAUCGGCCAGCUGCGUGCGCGUGCCAAGCCCACCAUCUCGGACGACGACUCCAUCACACCACUCAACAAGCCUGUCUCCCAGAAGGGUGGUGAGGACCACCUCCGCCGCAUGCGUUGGGUGCAUCAGAUGAGCGAGUACUACAGUUACGACCAGCUUGCUGCGCUUUCCGCAGGCGAGAUGGACUCUGUGCUCGAGGGAGAGGCUCCUUACCCACUUCCGCACCACGAGGGCGGGAUUGCUAAGCGCGGCCGCAUCCUCCUGGUUGGCUCUGGUCCCGGGCACCCUUCCCUCCUCACUGUGGCAGCGCGGCAUGCUCUGAACAACGCGACCCUCAUUCUGAGCGACAAGCUCGUGCCGGCCGAAAUCAUCGCCCUCAUCCCCAAGACAACCAAGCUGCAUAUCGCCCGCAAGUUCCCCGGCAACGCCGACAACUCGCAGAACGAGAUGAUGGAGCUCGCGCUGGCUGGCGCAAGGGCCGGAGAGACGGUCGUGCGCCUCAAGCAGGGCGAUCCCUUCGUGUACGGGCGUGGCGGCGAGGAGGUCCUCUACUUCCGCGAGCACGGGUUCGAGGCCACCGUGGUCCCCGGCGUGAGCUCCGCCCUCGCUGGUCCGCUCAUGAUGGGCAUCCCCGUGACACAGCGCGGCGUCGCCGACACGUUCGUGAUGUGCACGGGCGCCGGGCGUGGGGGAGCUGCUGUCCAGCUUCCGGGGUAUCAGAAGAGCAAGACGCUCGCGAUCCUUAUGGGUGUCGCACGCAUCGACACGGUCCUCGCCGCCCUGACUGGCCCCGACGGGCCACAGCGCGACGGGGCAGCGUAUCCCCGCCACCUGCCGAUCGCGAUCGUGGAGCGCGCGUCGUCGCCCGACCAGCGUGUUAUUCUCUCCACCCUCGAGAACGUCGCGGGCGCGAUCCAGAGCGUGGACCAGCGCCCGCCCGGUAUGAUCCUUGUGGGGUGGGCGGCCAUGUGUCUUGAGGGCAAGGGGCGAGUGGAUAUUCUUGACGGAGCGGACGAGAAGGAGGCGGUUGAGACGUGGCUGGCUGGAGAGCGGUUUAGGACACGCGAGGGCCUGCCAGCUGACUGGAGCUGGUUCCCGAGUGCAUAAUGUAGUAGAGUUUAAUAGCAUAACAUAGCAUAGCAUUGCAUUGCAUGGAUCGUC